AUGGGAUUCAUUGCUCUGCCUGAACCCUCCUUCUCCACGGCUCCCGAAGUACACUCUUUCAGAGGUCUAUUAUUUGAUUUUGACGGAACCAUCAUAGACAGCACCGAUGCUAUAGUCAAGCAUUGGCAUAAACUUGCGAAAGAGCUGGGUGUUGACCCUAAUGUGAUUCUUGCUACUUCACAUGGCCGAAGAAGCAUUGAUGUGCUGAAGCUGUAUGACGAGAAGAAAGCCAACUGGGACUACGUUAGCCACAUGGAGGGGUUGAUUCCCAAGGAUUUCGGUCAAGAUGCUGUUGAGGUACCAGGUGCAAGGGGUCUCCUCUCUACUCUCGAUCUGUGGGAGGCACCUUGGGCCAUUGUCACGUCUGGAACUAGAGCCUUGGCCAAUGGUUGGAUUCAAGUGAUGAGACUUGUUCAUCCAAAGCACAUGAUAGUGGCCGAGGACGUUGAAAACGGAAAGCCUGACCCUUCCUGCUAUCUACUUGGACGAGAGCGACUGGGGUUGGGCGACGAGCAGCGGUUGUUAGUGGUGGAAGAUGCGCCAUCCGGUAUCAGAGCCGGGAAGGCUGCAGGCUUCAAGGUGGUGGGGUUGCUGACAACCCAUCACCUUGAUCAGGUGAGGGAUGCCGGUGCUGACUGGAUUGUCCGAGACCUGCGAAGUCUGGCGUUAAAGCGAUACACCAAUGGGAGCAUUGACGUUGAGAUUCGCGAUGCGAUGAUCCUAUGA